GAAGAGGAGAGUGUGGGUAAACGAAACUCAAGGAGAAAAUAAAUUAUAUAAUGUUUAUCUGAAAAUUCGAAACGUGAAAAAGUACGUUGCUUCUUUAUUUUAGUAGUUAACUUAGUAUAUUAAUAAUUAAUAAUGGAGCCAGAGGAGAAACCAAGUAUCAUAGAAAGAUUUAUAAUUAUCAAUGAAACUCAUGCCGAAACGGUGAAGAUUCUCAGUUAUGGGAUUGCCAGUAUUAGUUUAGUUGUUGCACUUUACCGAAUUAGGCCUUUUUCUAAAUUUAGAAACCCAACAAGUAUACCAUCUCAUUUUUUGCAUAAAAAACUUCCAUUACAAGGUACAGUGAUGCGCAUAGAACCAAAUUAUGGUGCACUUCUGAUGGUCAACCACAAGCCAAUGAUACCACUACCUCGAUUGAAUAAUUCAAAAUACUUACCUGUUAAAAUAGCUGGUGUUAAUGUUACAGCUAAUGGUAUCAGCUGGUUACAAACAAUUGUUAAUGGAAAAAGCAUAACUUUCAUACCUCUGAUGUCCACAAAAGAAUACUUAAGCUGUAUAGUUACUGCAUCGCAAGAGAAUCAGGAACAAAUCAAAAUUGGGCAGGAAUUAGUAAAACUUGGUUUUGCCACAGUAACAAAAGAUUCGUUAAAGUUAAAAGAUCCGGAAGUCUUACAUUAUCAGAAACGUUUACUGAAAGCACAAAGAUGGGCCGAAUGCAAACGAAACGGAUAUUGGCAUUUUGCUAAACGUCCUACACUUCCGUGGAAAAUCCAACAGAAUUUGCAUAAAAAAAUGAAAAACAUACUGCCAACGUUUAUAGUACAGCGACUUAAUAUUUGAAGGAACUCCCAGUAGUUGUUUAAAUUUAACUAUACCUAUA